AUGGGAGAUAAGAAAUUGAUUUCAUCGUCUUCUUCGGGCACCUCGAUUUACGACACUCGUGCUAAUAACAACAAUCAUCAUCCACCGUCUUCUUCCGACGAAAUCUCUCAGUUUCUCCGGCAUAUUUUCGACCGUUCUUCUCCUCUCCCUUCUUACUAUUCCCCGGCGACGACGACGACGACGGCCACGAUCGGGGUGCACGGUGGCGGAGAGCCACAUGCAGGUAGCUCGAGAUGUUUUGUCUCUCCUCCGCCACCGUCAGAUUCUGCGUUACCGUCGAAGCGCGGCGCUGAUUUCUCGGAGAUGUUAAUCGGUUCUGUCGGCGUUGGAUCAGGCUCCGCCGGGGGUUAUGGUUUCUCCGGCGGGAAUAAUAAUGCUCAAGGAAACAGCUCCGGUACUCGAGUAUCGUCUUCUUCCGUUGGAGCUAGCGGGAACGAAACCGACGAGUAUGAUUGUGAAAGCGAGGAAGGAGUAGAAGCAGUGGUUGAUGAAAUGCCCUCCAAGUCUGGUCCUUCUCGUAGCUCAUCUAAGAGAUGCAGAGCUGCUGAAGUUCAUAAUUUGUCUGAAAAGAGGAGGAGAAGUAGAAUCAAUGAAAAAAUGAAAGCUUUACAGAGUCUCAUCCCUAAUUCAAACAAGACGGAUAAGGCUUCAAUGCUUGAUGAAGCUAUAGAGUAUCUGAAACAGCUUCAGCUUCAAGUUCAGAUGUUGACAAUGAGGAAUGGGAUAAACUUGCACCCUCUAUGCUUACCUGGAACCACAUUACACCCAUUACAACUCUCUCAGCUCCGACCUGUGAUGCCUCCAGAAGCAACGAAUGAUCCAAUGCUUAAUCACACCAAUCAGUUUGCUUCGACAUCUAAUGCGCCGGAGAUGAUCAACACCGCGCCUUCUUCUUACGCUUUGGAACCUUCCAUUCGCGGUCACUUUGCACCUUUCCCUGUCCUUACUUCACCUGUGGAGAUGAACCGAGAAGGCGGGUUCGCUCACCAAAGAUUGAACAUUGGCCAUUCCAACACAAACUUAACCGGGGAACAAGCUGGGUUCAAUGGACAACAACGUGACAUAAAAGAUCGACUUACUUGA